UCUCAGUGAGUAAGAUUCAGAGACUUUCGUAAACUUUAUUUUUCAACUUUCAUCAUCACAAUGGGUUUCUCAUUGUUAUUUUCAUUUGUUAUUGCCUUUGGAAUAUAUAGUUAUAAUUUUUCUGAGGCUAGAGAGCCUGUAUGUUCAAAAUUUGCAUACGAAGAACAGCUUUUAGAGAAAAUGAUAAGGACUGAAAUUAAGGUAGAAACAAUGGUGAAUGAAAUUAAGAAAACUGAGGAAAAUGUCAUCAGUACAUUAAGCGACAUUAAACAAACAGUUUCAGAUUUUACGGACAUGUUUGUAGAUAUGAGAGGAAACAUAACGGAUGAAAUGUUAAAGAGAGGUAAUGAGAUAAAAAGGAGAGAAAAAUCGUUCAAGAAACGUUUUGAAGAAACAAGAAACAACCUCACUAGUGACAUUGACGCUAAAAAAGUGGAACUUAACCAAAUUCAAGGAAAACUUGAACAACCUCCGAUCGCUUUCUAUGCACAUCACUUGAAAGACCUGGUUCUUGAUACUGCAAAUGAGAUUCUUAUAUUUGAAAAGACAAUCACUAACGAGGGCACAGGUUACGACACGUCCACGGGAUUGUUCACGGCACCUGUUGGAGGACUAUACCAGUUUGAUGUUCAUACAUGUACUUAUAAUAGAAAAUAUUCAUAUCUGGGCCUAGUGAUGGAAGGUAACGUUAUUGCAGCAGAUUCCAACUUUGGUGAUGCUAAUUCUGACUGUGAUUCAUUUGGAGCAAUAAUAAGAGUAAGAUCAGGAGGAAACGUUUGGGUCAAAUCCACAUCGUCAGCUUCUAACCGCCAGCCAGGACAAGACGCAUACAGGAUGAACACAUUCAGUGGAGUACUUGUCAAUAACUGAAUUAUAAAUAAAUCAAUAAACAUUGAUGGGAGUAAAAUCAAAUUAUUAUAAGCUGACGUUAAACGUAAACGUUUUGAUGUAAACUGCUUCAAUUCAUUUUAGACUUUUAAUUACUCUAGUGUUUUGUGAAAUAAGUCAAGAAUGGUCGAUUUAUCAAUGAUGUGUCUAUAUGUUGUAAAGAAUAUCAUUCAUACAACGUUUUAGUUUGCAUAGUGUUAAUAUUAGUUUAUGUUAGUAUAUUAAUAGUAAACAAAGGCUGAUUAUAAUUGAUUAAAGCAAAGAAAGCGAACCUUGUGUUCAUUUAGGUUUUGUUUGAAUGUAUCAUUUAGCAGCUGAAUGUUUUAUGUUUAUGAAAACAAUAAAUAUACACUAAUUAAAUUAAAUAUAUGACAAAACAUAAAUUAUAAUCAAUACAAAUUUUAAUAUUAUCAUAUUAACAUUUUGACAAAUAAAACAAUUAAAAGAUAUAUUAUGCUCAAAUUUGAUAUUUUAAAAUAUUGAUAUUUGCUAUACGGCCUUAACGUAAUUGUAAAGACAUGUUUUAGGCUUCUAUUCUGUUCUACUCUUUUAACGUAAAAAAACAUAACUUAGUCAUCUUUCAAAGGUGUACUAGGUAUGUACAUAAAAAUGCAUUUGUAUAUAUGUGCAAGGUAAUUUGAUUGAAGCAAAUAAAUAAAUCCCCUACAUUUUUGAUAUAUUUUUAUAAGCAUAUUGUCAGGUGUAUUCAUAUUAUAUAGUUUUCAUUAAUCACCAGUAUUUAUCGUCUUUUUUGAUAUACAACUUGAAGACAUUUUACAUUUAUAUCUUUUUUCACUGCGGUUGAAAUGUUGUUAUACUUUGACCCUUAAAAAGGCUUUUCUGUCAAUGAUAUUAACAUCAAUUUCUCUUAUAUGUUUAUAAUGCAUUAUAUUUAUUAGAUAAAGUCAAUCAUAAGCAACAUGAAAUAGACUUGAUUUUCAGGCUAUUGUGUACAUACUGUUAACCUAUAAUUAAGAUUUAACACACACAAUGAUAUCUUUAUUAAUAUGUAUUGCAUCAUCUCAACUAUAUAUUAACAAAACAAUAUGGAAUAAGCAAUAAAAUCUUAAAUAUAAACAUGACAUUUAUUAAAACAAAAGGAAGUAUAAAUGAAAACCUGAAAAUUCGUUAGUUUGAAUCCCCCCAAAAACAUACCACAAUAAUAUACAUGUAUUAUAGACUGAAUCUAGAAACUUAUAGUUGUUAAACUGACCAGAAACAAUAUGUUGAUACAAGACGUCAAUUAUUUCUGAAACUUAACCUUCCUAAGAUCUUGUUUUCUUGUAAAAAUUCCAGAAAACAAUAUUUGUAACAUAAUACUUCAUAUUUUCCUGCGAACGACAAUAUUUAAUAAGUACGUAACAGACGUUAAUUCAUAUAAACUGCUCAAGUCAAAAACUUUCUAACUAAAACAUAAUUAAUAGAUAAUACAAACACCUCAUUUACAGUUUAUAAAUAUAUUGAUAAUUGUAUUUAUUCAUACAAUUAUCACAAUCAUUUGGAAAAUAUACUCCGUAAUGUCUGAUUUUUGUGCAGUUCGGUCUUACUUUUUACCUUCGUUACUGGAUAUACAUGGUGUGAAUGGCGUUAUUACGUUCAUGCCGUUUGCUUAUCUUCGACGUUUGAAUGAUUUUUAUUCCAAAAAUGUCCAAAUAAUAUUGGCAAUAUUUAUACAAAAGAAACAAAGCCUGAUUUGUAUAUAUUUUAAUAAAAGCCGUGUCGUUUUCUACAAUUAAAUAUCUUUUUUCGUUUAAUGGCAAUCUUUAUUCUUAUAUUUUGUUUCUUCAGAAACGUUUUUCAAAAAAAUAAAGAAUUAUGAUAACCUGAAUAAAUUGGUUUUUUUUUGCAUAUUAAUAUAAGAUCAAUGUUCUUUUUGUUUAUCGUACUUUACUUUUUUAAAGCAAACUUGUUUACAAAUUUUACUAACUUAAGACUUUGCAUUAAUUUUAUCAUCGUCUUAUAUUGCUUCGUUUUCUUCAGUUUCUGUGUCAAAUAAUGAAUAGCCAGAAAAAGACGAAUACAUGUAACCAUGGAUAUAUGACCCACGCUUUAGAAGUACGAGCCAGACCUGGCCCCCGGAUGUUAGAUUACAUAUGUCGGUGUUCGACGACGUCGCCCAGAACGGAAUACUCUCUGCCCAUAUUGUCGCCACCAUCGUUCCGUUGUUCAUCAACAUCGCAGCAGCCUACAAAUGAAAACAUUAGUGACAAAUCAACAUUUUUAGAAAUUUACCCUCUUGGUAUAUAAACUUUAUAUGGCGAUCUUUUAAAGGCAGUAUCUUUUGGUAAAAUCGAUGUAAAAAACAACAACAAUACAAUCGUACAAUUAACUUUCAUUACAUGUGCAAGAUAAUUUCGUAAUGAAUGUAAUGUAUACACUUAGGUUACAUUCUUGAACUGGA